UAAUGCAGUAUUAAACCAAAGAAGUGUGAGUACUUCUGCCCAGGAGGAAGAUGAGUGUGAGUUAUAUGGCAGAAUGUUGGCAAAGAAACUAAGAAAAUUCCCAGAACACGAAAGAGUGCAAGUGAUGUAUGAACUCGAUGGCACGAUCAUUCGUCUACUUGCAAGCAACACUCCACCUAGAUAUGUCUCAAUACCUUCACCUUCUCCUCGUAGUUCCUACUCUGAACCAAUUGUCUCCAAAAACAUGGCCCGACUACACUCCAGUCAUACUUCGUAUUCAGAACCAAUUCCUGAGCGAUAUUUUUUCGACAACAUACCAUUAUCUACCACAGAAUUACCAUAUAUUCAACAACCGUCUCAACAUCUGCCACAGCAAGAACAGUCUCAACAGCAUAUUCUGCCACAACAACAACCAUCUCAGUAUCUGCCACAGCCACAGCAACAACCAUCUCUGUAUCUGCCACAACAACAGCAACAACAAAGUGACACAACAACAAACACCAACAUGCAAAAUCCAGUCUUAAUCCACUUACCAGAUCACCUAUCUCCCAAUCCAUCUCUGGAGAAUACUCAAGACAAUCAGAAUUCGAUAACAGUUUUAUCUGAUUUGCUAAUUUUGCCUCAAUCUGCAGUGAACGCAGACAAAAAUAAAAGAAUUUGAUUUUUAAAUAUUGUAACACUUGUACUUCCACUUUUGCGUCAUAUAUUUUCUUAUUCUUUCUUUAAUCAUACUUUCAUAAUUUGCUAAGUCAUUCAUUCAUUGUCAUAAUACCUACCUCUUUCUAAAUUAGUCAUUGAAAUAAAUGUAACAUUUGAUA